AUGGACGGUGAUCCAGCUGUUGAGCCGCAGCUCGACUCGUUCAGCCUGGCGUUUCCCUUGCCGUUCCGCGUCGGCUUCAUCGUGACCCUAGCCGUCUGGGGAUGGGGCGCCAACCUUCACAUCCUCCACUUCUGCAACAUCGACGUGCCGGCGCUCAUACGGUACCCCGGACGGGCAUCGCCGCAUCAUGCACCGCAUCACUUCUCGACGUACCGGCUCGGCGCCUUGCUUACGGCGCUCUUCGCCGCGGCCAUGACUCUGUUCUGGCUCCUGACAUGGCGCGUUCCGUCGCGGGUGAUCGAGUACGACUGGGUUCCGAUGAUGUACCUCGUCGCCGUCGUCGCCGCCUUCGUCCUUCCUCUGCGAGACCUUCCCGGACGCGGUCGACGACGGUUCCUCGCGACGCUGCGUCGCGUCAGCCUCGGAGGCAUCGCCGAGGCGGCCGACGGCAGGUUUGGGGACAUUUUGCUCGCCGACGUGCUGACGUCGUACGCCAAGGUCUGCGGCGACCUGUUCGUCACGACGUGCAUGUUCCUCAGCCGCGGAGGCUCGUCGACGGAACGGCCGGACCGAAACUGCGGGGGGACGGUCAUGGUGCCGCUGCUGAUGGCGGUGCCGAGCAUGAUCCGCUUCCGGCAGUGCAUCAUCGAGUACCUGCGCGUUCGACGGGCACCUUACAAGGAAUCGACGGGCUGGGGAGGGCAGCACUUGGCCAACGCCGCCAAGUAUUCGACGGCAUUCCCCGUCAUCGUCGCGAGCACGCUUCAGAGGAGCACGCAGGACGCGGCGGCAAAGGCGACGUACAACAGAGCCUGGCUCGUCGCCGUCGUCGUCAACUCGCUGUACUCCUUCUACUGGGACGUGGCAAAGGACUGGGACCUGACGCUCUUCUCGUCGCGGCACGAACGCAACUCGCCCCAGCAUGAGUGGGGGCUGCGCGACCGGCUCGUCUUCCGGACACCGACGCUGUACUAUGUGGCAGUCGUCCUCGACCUCGUUCUGCGAUGCAGCUGGUCGAUGAAACUGAGCCCGCACCUCAGCCGGUUUGGCGAUUUCGAGAGCGGCAUAUUCCUCGUGGAGUUUCUCGAAGUCUUCCGACGAUGGGUGUGGAUUUUCUUUCGUGUCGAGACCGAGUGGAUCAGGAGUUCGGCCACGAGCAUGGCCGUCGACGACAUUCUGCUGGGAGAUUACCACGACGACGACGGUUAA